AGCUGCGGUUAUUAUCUGUUAUUAUCUUUGCUAGGAAGUUUAUUUAUUUAUUUAAUACUCAUCAAUGUCGCACGUUUCACCUGUAAGCCCACCGCCACCACCACCGCCCAUGAUGUUGAGUCCUGGGACACCUGCUGCAGCAAAAGAACUGCCAGUUGUAGUCAAUAUAACCACCGAUGAGUGCAGUUGGGCCUGGGAGUAUCCGGAGUUGCAGAAAGGAUGCUAUCUCAGUCGAGUAUGCCAAUAUACGGCUCCAAAACACUGUCAAUACUACUCAGUAAACAGUAUUCUGCAAGUUGGCCCCACUUGUGGUCUAGUGGCCUUGAGCAUGUUGCUCGGUGGUCAUCCUCCGGCUGCUGAUCUUCUCAAGGAUGCGAUUGCCCAGGAAUACACCCUAAAUGGGGAACUGUUCAGUGCUCAGUAUUUGUUCGAGCUGACCCGAAAACAUUUGCCAGGGCCUGGAGCCUGCCAGUUGCAUGUGGGCCCGCUCAACAGCAAAAAGGUCAAGGAACUAUUAAAAGCCGGUGGCUGCCUACUAGUGCCUUAUGAUGCCGAUGUAAACCAUGCGCCCUGCCUGAAAUCCGGCCACCGAGCUCACUGGGCCUUGAUUGUGGGCUACCUGGUGGACACACAGGAUCAGUAUUAUGUCUUGGCCAGACACGGCAAGACCCGGAACCUGGCCGUUUGGUCACUGGAUGCGCUCAGUGAGAGCAAUGCCAAUCUGGUGGAGUUUGCCCAGCCCAAGGGCUAUCCGGAUGAUGACUUUCUGCAGCCACCAGGUGGAAUCGGUGGUCCUCUGGGCAUCAACGAGCGCUCCAUUCUAGUCAACGGCCUGCCCCAGCAGGUCAUUCAUUUGCGAUGCUCAUAG